AUAUUUAGAUAUGAAAUAUUCACCUGUGUACCAAACACAAUACUAUUAAUUUAUUGACCUUAAACAUUGAAUUGAGCCAUUGUACAGACUUAUCUUAUACCCUAAAUCUCGACUGAAAAUUGCUUUCAAAAUCUAUGAUUUAAUUGAUUGAACCUGAAGAAAAUUCUUCACCUCCACUGUCAUAAUUGAUCGUUUGUAAAGAACCCACAGAUCCGCGCGCACACACACACGCACGCACACACAUAUAGAGGAGAGAGAGAGAGAGAGAGUAACAGUAACGCUGGUGUCUGAAGGGAAAAUGGAGAAGAUGAACCUGGCAUUUGAGAAGGUGAAGAUGCUGGUGGGAAUGGAAGCGGACGAUGAACCAGCGGCUGAAGAAGAGAGCUCUUUCGCGUUCAUGGACGACUUCAAUCGUAACUGCACAUUGUCCACCAAGCAGAGGCUUUACGGUUUUGUCAUAUGCUUCGUUACCGGUUUAAGUUGUACGUUCUUGUCAAUUCUUGUUUUCUUCAAUCCAAUCAAGUUUGGAAUAACAUUCACCUUCGGCAAUUUGCUUUCACUUGGGAGGUUUGUCUACAGAUUUGUAUAUUCAUUUCUUAUAGGCCCCAAACGGCAAGUGACAAUGAUGCUUGACCCUGUUCGUAUUUAUGCAACUGCCAUGUACCUUGCAAGCCUAAUAGUUGCCCUCUUUUGUGCUCUUUAUGUCCAUAACAAGCUAUUGACACUUCUUGCAAUUUUGUUGGAGUUUGGUGCACUUAUUUGGUAUAGCUUGAGCUACAUCCCUUUUGCAAGGUCCAUGGUUUCGAAGGUCAUGGUAGCUUGUUUCGAUACUGAAUUUUAAUCUGUGCGGUUGAAAAAUUAAUGCCUGGGUAGACACUGAUGUGAGUUUGUUAUACUGAUUUGGGAGGUCACUAACCCAUUUUGCAUCAGCUCGCCGCAAUGUUGAAAGAUGAAACUAUACAUGUAUGGAAAUAUUUCUUCUUCUACUGUGUAUACCUUCUAUUUUAACUUGAUGAUUAUGGGUUAUUACCAAAAAGAAAGGGAAUUUUUUUCUUUUUUA